ACCACACAAGAGGAGAGGGAUUUUUGUUGUUGCUGUUGCAGAGCGCACUUUCACAAUGAUGUGCAAAGGGAAGCAGCUGGCUCCGGUCGCCGUGUCUUAUUAUAUUUUGGUUUCAUUGCUUGCAUCUAUCUCUGAUGGGAAUCCUAUUCGUCGCAACAGUACAGUCAGCGGUACUAGUGAGGGAGAUAUUAGUAGUAAAAUAAUAACAAUAAAAACUAAUGAUGCGACAGUAAACGUAACUGCUAGCAACCGCAGCACUGGAAAGAAGACUAACGAGACUGUAAGUAACACAACUGACAUUGCAAAGCCAACGAUUCAGUCUGCAGACACCAAAACUGAUAACAAGAUUAGUAUCAGCUACAACACUGAGGAUUUGGAGGAGCCCAUCACUAAAGACGUUAUCAGGAGGGUGUGGUACAAGCGACAGGGGGAAUCCGACGAACAACCGACUGGUGCUGAAUGUCCACCCCUGGGCCUGGAAUCUCUGCGUGUGGACGACACUCGGUUACGCGCUUCCAGUACAGAGCGGUUUGGACUGGGCGCGCACAGAGGGAGGCUCAAUAUUCAGUCUGGAAUUGAGGACGGGGAUAUCUAUGAUGGGGCCUGGUGUGCUGGACACAAAGACACAAACCAGUGGCUGGAGGUGGACGCCAGAAGACCCACCAAGUUCACAGCGGUCAUCCUACAGGGGAGGAGCUCCAUCUGGAGUUGGGAUUGGGUGACGUCCUACAAAGUCCAGCUCAGCAAUGACACCUACAACUGGACGCCAAGCAUGAACGGCACUGAGGAAGCUAUUUUUGAAGGCAACACUGACACUGAGACCCCCGUACUGGGCACCCUGCCCGUGCCCGUGGUUGCCCGUUACCUCCGCAUCAACCCCCAGACCUGGUAUGAGAACGGGACCAUCUGCCUUCGCGCCGAGAUCAUGGGCUGCCCGCUGCCAGAUCCAAAUAAUAUCUACACCUUGGAGACGGAUCAGGGCUCCACUGAUAAGCUGGAUUUCCAGCACCACAACUACAAGGAAAUGAGAAAGUUUAUGAAGGCCGUGAAUGAGGAGUGUCCCAACAUAACUCGCAUUUACAGCAUUGGGAAGAGUCACCAGGGGCUUAAAAUGUAUGUCAUGGAGAUCUCGGACAACCCUGGGAAACACGAAUUAGGUGAGCCGGAGUUCCGGUACGUGGCCGGAAUGCACGGGAACGAGGCCUUGGGACGGGAGCUAGUGCUGAACCUCAUGCAGUACAUGUGCCAGGAGUACAGGAAGGGGAACCCACGCAUCGUGCAUCUGGUGAAAGAAACCAGGAUCCAUCUCCUGCCGUCCAUGAACCCCGACGGCUACGAGAUGGCCGCCAAAAAAGGCUCAGAACUCUCUGGUUGGGCACUUGGACGCUACAGCUAUGAAGGGAUUGAUAUGAACCACAACUUUGCUGAUCUGAACUCUGUUAUGUGGGAUGCUCAGGAGAUAGAAAUGGACAAAAAGAAGGUUCCAAACCACUACAUCCCCAUCCCUGAAUACUACACCUCAGAGACUGCCAUGGUGGCCACUGAAACCCGAGCUGUGAUCAACUGGAUGCAGCUCAUCCCCUUCGUCCUGAGUGCCAACCUCCACGGUGGGGAGCUGGUGGUGACCUACCCCUACGACAUGACGAGGGACUGGGCCCCCAAGGACCUGACACCCACCCCCGACGACAGCUUCUUCCGCUGGCUCGCCACGGUCUACGCCACCACCAACCAAGUCAUGGUGAACCCCGACCGUCGGCACUGCCACAACGAGGAUUUUAUGCAAGGAAACAACAUCAUCAACGGGGCCAACUGGCACACGGUUCCUGGCAGUAUGAAUGACUUCAGCUACCUCCACACUAACUGCUUUGAGGUGACAGUGGAGCUCUCAUGUGAUAAAUUCCCCCACAAGAGCGAGCUCCCCACCGAGUGGGAAAACAACAAGGAGUCCCUGCUCGUCUAUAUGGAGCAGGUUCACAGAGGUAUCAAGGGUGUGGUACGAGACAAGGAUACCAAUGAUGGGAUCGCUGAUGCCAUCAUUGCGGUUGAUGAAAUCAACCAUGACAUUCGAACAGCGUUUGAUGGAGAUUACUGGCGGCUGUUGAACCCGGGCGAGUAUGAGGUCACGGCCAAGGCAGAAGGCUACUUCCCCUCCACCAGGUUAUGCCGCGUCAACUACGAGCCUUACCCCACCAUCUGUGACUUCACCCUGACCAAGACGCCCAAGCAGCGACUGCGCGAGAUCCUCGCCAAGGGGGGCAAGAUCCCCAAGGACCUGAUGCUGCGCCUGCGUCAGAUCCGCCUGCGCAAGCUGAGAGCCAGCACCAAGGCUAUCAACCGCAGACGCAGCCAAUAGAAAAGCAACCGCAGCCACCACGGGUCCACUUAACUCCAUGGCUCUGAAACAUAGCGGUCUUAUUCAUGACUGAGAACUAAAGACGGGCAAGCAUGGAGACCAUCAAAGUCUAGAUCUGAUUUUCUAAUGCACUUUUUCAAGCUAAUUCUCUUUCUUCCUCUGCCACACACACUAGCGUGUCUCUCUGUCUUUCUGUACACAUAGGUGGCAUGUUCAGCACCUAGUUUCUUUCAAGGGGUUCAUUCGUGCCACAUCCCACAUUAGGUACUAUACCACUAUGGUCAAAAUUUUUUGCAUCACCCUAUACAAUUAACUAAUUUUAUUUCAUUAAGUGGAAUAAAACCUGCUGAAUAAUGUUACGUUAACAUAUUGAAUUACAUACCGCUUUGUAGUUUUAUAUAUACGAAAACUGUGAAAUUGAAAAAUGUGACAUUUCAAAAUCUAACAUGAAAUACUGUACUACUAGUAUGGCUUCCGGAAGACUUUUGCAAUAUCAUUUUGUAGUUUCUUUGAUUACAUGAUGUUAAAUAAAAUAUAAAAAUUAUGUUCCUAUAGAUUUUUUUUAAUUAUGUCUCAAUCCUAAAAUUAUAGGUGAUGCAAACCUUUUGUCCAUUGCUGUACUAUUAGUGCUAGUAUUUCACAGUUUCCACUUAAACGCAAUAUAGAACAAUCUGCAUUCCAUAUAUAUUUCUAUCCAGAACCUCUGCAGGGUACUAACCCUUCUCCUGCUAAAAGAAAAUGAUGAAACAGUCACUGAAAGUGGUGCUAGUCUUCCUUGGGUACUGAUGCUGUGAAUAUGAACUCUUUCAAUGCUGCAUAACUCAACACAGCAGCACACUUACCUGGCCCCAUGCUGGGUAUAACCUUUUUUUUAACUACUUUUUUACAAUUAAGACACUGAUACUGUUUAAUUAGUAAUGUUAGUUUUGUCUUUUUGCAGUUACUUAGUGCUGAAAGAUAUACAAUAAUAAUGGACAUCAAAGCACUUGCUUUUAAUGAUAGCCUUUGCUCCUAUAAUAAAAAUAAUACAGAGUUUAACAUCCAUACUGAGCAGUCAGUACCAAUGAGACAGACAACGUACAGCUAUUUGUGAUGAAUUGUUUAUUCAUGAUAUGGACGGGUGUCUCCUGGCUGUAAUUAAACUAGGUACCAGAGGUGAACAAAUCUCAAAAAACAAUUUCACAGUCUUGUAUAGUGGUAAUUUGCCAAUGCCAAAAAACAUCUUGUCAAAUUAAUAUUUUAAAAUGAGGCAGCUGAAUUUGGUUGUAUAGCUCUUUUUUUUUUUUUUUUUUUUAAUUUAGUCGUUGCCAAUUAGUUUUUAUUAUUUUCUCCCCAAUUUGAAAUGCCCAAUUAUUUUUAGGCUCAGCUCACCGCCACCACCCCUGCGCUGACUCGGGAGGGGGAUGAACAUGCGCUGUCCUCCGAAGCGUGUGCCGUCAGCCGCCUGCUUCUUUACACUCUGCAGACUCACCGUGCAGCCGCCUCAGAGCUACAGCGUCGGAGGACAACGCAGCUCUGGGCAGCUUACAGGCAAGCCCGCAGCCACCCGGCCAGACUACAGGGGUCGCUGGUGCGCGGUGAGCCGAGAACACCCUGGCCGACCUAACCCUCCCUCCCCCCGGACGAUGCUCGGCCAAUUGAGCGCCGCCCCCUGGAGCUCCCGUCCACGGUCGGCUGUGGAAUAGCCUGGACUCGAACCGGCGACGUCCAGGCUAUAGAGCGCAUUCUGCACUCUAGCGAGUGCUUUUACUGGGUGCGCCACUCGGGAGCCCCUGUUGUAUUGCUCUUUAUUAAAAAAAAAAAAAAAAAAAAACACUUGCCACCAUGGAAACUCCAUAUUUCUGAAUUAUUUUCCAUGGCCAUUCUAUAAACCUUUUAUUCUUAUAGUGCCAAGACAAAGAGCAACUAACAGAGCAUGCCACAGAAAACAAAAAUGUCUCAUUUAUAAUUUUGUGGGAGUAAUUGCAUUGCUUUAACAUGCAAGUAGUCAUGUCAAGACUAAUAUUCCAACACCACUGAAGUACCUACUUUAAUUUUACAAUAACACUGAAUGGAAACAAACAAACAAAAAAAGCUACUAUUUUUAACUUUUACAUUUAUCAUAUGGACCCUAUAUGAUCAGCGCUGGCUGGCUUAAAGAAGGCAUUUCUAACUAGCUGGAGGAAGCAUAGUCUGCUUCCUAGAGUGCAAGUGUUACACAGCUGUGCAAUAAUAAUGAAUAUGAAGAGCGCUACAGGAGACCAGCUAGUCUUUUUUAAACUGGAGAGGGUUUUGAUGUUACAUUGCUGUUAAUACUGACAGUAUUGGUUGAAAUGCUGAUUGGUAGCUUUUUCCAGGUGUUUGAUGGUGAGGUAAAGCUGGCACUUGCAAUGAUUUGUAGGUGCCAAGUUCUUGCAGGCUGGAACUGAUUGGAACAUUGCAUAUAGCAUUUAGUGAGACUAACCUUUGUAACACUAUUGUGAUUAAAAUUCAGUGUGUCUUUGUAUGAUGUUGUACUCUUUUCAAGCAGUGAACAUACAAAUGCUGGCAUUCUCAGACCCUUGCUAGACAAGGGGGUUUAUUAUUAAAUGAGAUUACUAAUAAAGCAUUAACUCAGUA